CGUCGUGUCACGUGAUUAAUGGCGGAGCGCGGCUUAGCACGGCCGUGGGGAGAGAAAGAACGAGGCAGGAACCGGAAGCGUAAAGAGUGUCUUAGCGAGCCGUGUAGUCGUUAACGGAAAGGGGGUGAUUAAGAAGGAGGAGGUGACGGAGGGCAGUGGCCCUAGCUUCGUAUGUAUAUACAUCCUAGCCUGCUGUAAUCAUCACAAUGGCAACAGAAAUUGGUUCCCCGCCUCGCUUCUUCCACAUGCCACGCUUUCAGCACCAGGCUCCUCGCCAGCUCUUCUACAAACGCCCUGACUAUGCACAGCAGCAGGCCAUGCAACAACUCACCUUCGAUGGCAAGCGCAUGAGGAAGGCUGUGAAUCGCAAGACUAUAGAUUACAAUCCCUCUGUCAUAAAGUAUCUUGAGAAUCGUGUAUGGCAGAGAGAUCAGCGAGACAUGAGAGCCAUCCAGCCUGAUGCCGGAUAUUACAAUGAUUUGGUGCCUCCCAUUGGGAUGCUUAAUAAUCCUCUCAAUGCUGUGACUACAAAGUUUGUGCGUACAUCUACCAACAAAGUGAAGUGCCCUGUAUUUGUUGUUCGGUGGACUCCUGAAGGCCGCCGAUUAGUAACUGGAGCUUCAAGUGGGGAAUUCACUUUAUGGAAUGGUCUCACAUUUAAUUUUGAGACUAUUUUACAGGCUCAUGACAGCCCAGUCCGAGCUAUGACCUGGUCCCAUAAUGACAUGUGGAUGCUGACUGCUGAUCAUAGUGGAUAUGUGAAGUACUGGCAAUCCAACAUGAAUAACGUCAAGAUGUUCCAGGCGCAUAAGGAGGCGAUUAGAGAGGCCAGUUUCUCCCCUACUGAUAAUAAAUUUGCCACCUGUUCUGAUGACGGUACAGUUAGAAUUUGGGACUUUCUUCGUUGCCAUGAAGAGAGAAUUCUACGAGGACAUGGUGCUGAUGUUAAGUGUGUUGAUUGGCACCCAACGAAAGGGCUUCUGGUCUCUGGAAGUAAAGACAGUCAACAGCCAAUCAAAUUUUGGGAUCCCAAAAAUGGUCAGAGUCUUGCAACACUACACGCUCAUAAGAAUACAGUGAUGGAGGUGAAGUGGAACUUGAAUGGGAACUGGCUCCUCACUGCCUCACGGGAUCAUCUCUGUAAGCUUUUUGACAUCCGUAAUCUUCGAGAAGAGCUUCAGGUUUUCAGAGGACAUAAAAAAGAGGCAACAGCUGUUGCAUGGCAUCCGGUACAUGAGGGCUUGUUUGCAAGUGGUGGUUCUGAUGGCUCGCUGCUGUUCUGGAAUGUUGGUGUGGAGAAAGAAGUGGGAGGUAUGGAGAUUGCACAUGAAGGAAUGAUCUGGAGUCUUGCCUGGCACCCCCUUGGCCAUAUUCUGUGUUCUGGAUCUAAUGAUCACACCAGUAAAUUCUGGACCAGAAAUCGUCCUGGGGACAAAAUGAGAGAUCGCUAUAAUCUGAAUCUUCUUCCUGGCAUGUCAGAAGAUGGUGUUGAAUAUGAUGAUGUUGAGCCAAACAAUCUAGCAGUUAUCCCUGGCAUGGGCAUUCCAGAGCAGCUGAAAAUGGCAAUGGAACAAGAACAGAUGGGGAAAGAAGAGGCUAAUUCAGUGGAAAUGACAAUCCCGGGCUUGGACUGGGGAAUGGAUGAGGUGAUGCAGAAGGAUCAGAAAAAAGUCCCACAGAAGAAAGUUCCAUAUGCUAAACCUAUUCCAGCUCAGUUUCAACAAGCCUGGCUGCAGAAUAAAGUGCCCCUUAUGCCCACUUCAGAAGCUGUCCCAGAACGGAAGGAAGAAGUAAAAUCUGAUGACAAGAAAAAGAAUCAGGCUGAAAUUGAACAGGAGAUGGCAACUCUACAGUAUACUAACCCCCAACUACUUGAGCAAUUAAAGAUUGAAAGGAUAGCACAGAAGCAAGCUGAAGCUCCAGGGCAAUCCCAGGGCCUUGCUUCUCCUUUAGGGGCACCUCCACAAGUUCCUUCAGCAUUUCCUGCCUCAGGACCACAAUCCCAGCCACCACAAAAUUUCCAGCAGCCUCAUCCAUCACAACCAAUGGCAAUGAACAUGCAGCAUGGCCCUCAAGGACAGUUCAGGCCACAAGGACCUCAAGUAUCUGGAGGUCCACAAGGUUUCAUGGGUCCAGGUCCACAAAACAUGCGACCUCAGGAAAUGCAUCCUGGAAUGCCUAGACUUCCGGUGCCUGUUGGACCUAUGGGUCCACAAGGUCCUCCAGGUAAUUCUGGGCCACCUGGUCAUUUGGCUCCUCAGAUUCCACAAGGUCCAAGAGGAGGUCCACCUCCUCAUCACGGGAUGCAGGGAGGUCCUGGUCCUCAGGGUCCUUUAAUGGGUGUUGCUCCUAGAGGUGUCCAACAAGGUCCUAAUCAAGGAAUGCUUAUGGGCCAUCCAGCACAAGAUUUGAGAGGUCCUUCAGCGCCAAUACUUGGACAUGGACCUGAUGUUAGAGGACCAAUGGAUAUGAGAGGACCCUCAGAUAUUCGUGGGCCCCAGGAUAUGAGGGGACCCCCUGAACUUCAUGGACCUCAAGAUAUGAGAGGCCUUCCUGACAUGCGAGGCCGUCAAGACAUGAGGGGUGCCCCAGAUAUGCGAGGUCCUCUAGACUUACACGGCUCUCAGGAGAUCAGGGCUCCAGACUUGCGUGGACCUCAGGAUAUGAGAGGACUUUCUGAUAUGCAUGGCUCUGUAGAUAUGCGAGGACCUACUGAUAUGCGAGGUCCUCAUGAUAUGCGAGGACCCCCAGAUAUGCGUGGACCUCAUGACAUGCGUGGCCCCCAAGAUAUGCGCGGUCCUCCAGACAUGCGUGGCCCCCAAGAUAUGCGCGGUCCUCCAGACAUGCGUGGCCCCCAAGAUAUACGCGGACCUCCAGACAUGCGCGGCCCACAGGAUAUGCGCGGCCCCCCAGACAUGCGUGGACUUCAGGAUAUGAGAGGACCACCAGACAUGCGUGGUCCUCCUGACAUGAGGGGUGGUCCUCCUGACAUGAGGGGUGGCCCUGACAUGCGUGGUCCUCCUGACAUGAGGGGUGGCCCAGACAUGCGUGGCCUUCCGGAAAUGAGAGGUGGUCCUGACAUGCGUGGCCCACCUGAUAUGAGGGGUGGUCCACAUGACAUGCGAGGCCCACACGAUAUGAGAGGACCACCUGAUGUACGUGGUCAACAGGAUAUGAGGAGAUCUGAUGUAAGAGGGCCACUUGAUAUGCGUGGCCAGCAACAUAUGAGGGGUACUCAAGACACUAGGGGGCCAUCUGAUAUGCACAUUUCUCCAGACAUACGAAGCCCUCAAGAUAUAAGGGGUUCUCAAGACAUGCGCAAUCUUCAAGAUGUUCGAGGACCCCCGGAUAUGAGUGGUCCUCAUGAAAUGAGAGGACCCCAAAAUAGGGGGUCAAAUUUGGGACUUUCUCAAGAUACUCGUGGACAGACAGUAGCCCAAGGUCCCACAGGAAAUUCUCAAGGUCCUCACAAUUCGCAGACUGCAGCAAGGGCAUCCCACCAAUCACAACAGAAAACCCCAUUACUGGGAGAUGGUCCUAGGCCUUUUAACCAGGGUGGCAAAGGCCAGGCCCCUCCUCCUUUAUUACCAGGCCUAGGAGGACAGCCGAACGCACAAGGACGCCCGCCAGCACUAGGACAAGGACCCAAUCCUAACAAAGGUGACAUGCGUGGUCCUUCAAAUAAUCAGUCUGAACGGAGACGUGAGCCAAGUCCUUUCAGAGGUGGACCAGAGUGGAUGGACUCGAGAGACAGUAGAGGGCCUCCUGACAGAAGGGGUCCACACUCUGAGGGACUUGAGCACCCAGAUGAUUACAAUCAGGAUGACCGUUAUGGACCACGAGGACGCGACUUUGAUGCAAGAAGUGGCAGUGCCCCAUUACAAGAUGAAAAGUGGAGGCGUGGUACAGGCCCACAGUUUACUCCAAAUCACCGAGAUUUCCCUGAUCGAGAAGCUCGAGAUUCAAAUCGAUGGGAGGGAAGGAGACACUCAGAUGAUCAGUUUGCCAGGGACUCUGAAGAUGGAAGGUUCCGGGGACAAAGAGAUGAUAGUUUUCGUCGGAGUGGUCCCCCAAGACACGAGGGUCGUGGAUCUCGUGGAAGAGAAGGAUUUUCGAAUUCUGACGACUUUGGUUCUAGUGAUGGCUAUGAAAAGGAUGAACAUAGUAGAGGGCGAGAGAGUUCCAGAGGACGAGGUCGUGGUCCUCAGAGAGAAGCAAGAAAAGGACUUCUCCCCACACCAGAUCAGUUUUCUGGUUCAGACCGUGGUCCUAAUCACCAGUCCCGGGAUCCAAGCAGAGAUUCAGGUCCAGAUAACUUCCAAGGCAGCCCUCAACGGGACAUUCCAACUCCUGAAAGUCAAAGUCACUCCCCAGCCAGCAGGGAACGCUCCUCUUCUUUGCAAGGAAUGGACAUGGCCUCCUUACCACCACGCAAGAGACCCUGGCAUGAUGGCCCUGGUACCCCUGAUCAUAGAGAUAUGGAUGCUGGUCUAUCAGAUGACAGUGGGAAAGGGCCACCAAACAGGUCACAGAGACUAAGCCGGUCAAGCUCUCAAGAACAAGAUGAAGGCUCAUCUAGGGGUAAUAGAGGAAACUGGAGUAGAGGGGGAUCUGGAACAAGCAGCAAUAUGAACUCUCAGUGGAGAGGGGGUCCUCGGGGUAGCGGAAGCAGCAGUGGAGGUGGAAGAAAUCGAUAAGAUCACGUAGCAAAUAUUUUGUUCCCAAGUCCAUAUUGGACCAAAGUACAUUGAACUUCUAAUGGAUACCAACAGUGUCACUGCUGGAGAGAUCCUAGACACACCAUUUACAAGAACCGGAACACUGGAAGAAACUUUAAGGACUUCAGAGAACUCAGAAUCCAACCCUAUUUGUUUUCUUUUUCUGUUGGUUUUUCACAUGCUGUUCAGUCCAUACAACCAUCACUUUUCUUCUCCUCCAGAGACAACAGAUAUAAACAGCAAAUCCUUGUGUACAUUUUGUUGGUAAUUGAGUUGUUUAAUUUUUUUGUAUGCUGAAUGUUUAAGAAAUAACUAAGGGAGAAGAAAGUCUUCUGUUAUUUAAUGAUGUGGUUUUGAAAGCUUGUGUAACACUGUGACCUGAGUACCACAAGACACUGA